UUUUUCAUUUAUUGUAUAUAUUUUGCUUGUUGUUUACUCUUUGAAAAAUGCUGUCUUUUUCAUAGCCGCUUGAUUUUCCUUUCCAAUUUCUUAUUUCUUGACUGUCCUUUUUACCAAAUCAUGCAAUCCAAUUUGGCAUAAUCUCCCGACCUAACACACACUGGUGCCCUCAUCUUCUUGUUCAGGUUUGAGGGCCGUCAUUGAUUCUCUUGAAGGUGAAGUAUUUUCUUAUUUCUGGGCCAUCUUUGAGUUUGCGGUGAAGUGAGGUUUCUGGGCUUGGAAGUUUUUGUUCAAUGGGUGAAGUAGUUGGUCCUCGCUUGUAUUGCUGCUACAAAUGCAGGAAUCAUGUUUCACUUCAUGAUGACAUAAUCUCUAAGGCAUUUCAGGGAAGACAUGGCAGAGCCUUUUUAUUCUCCCAUGCCAUGAACAUUGUUGUCGGUGUCAAGGAGGACAGGCAUCUUAUGACUGGUCUCCACACAGUUGCUGAUAUCUCUUGUGCGGAUUGCAAUGAGGUGUUGGGGUGGAAGUACGAACGUGCUUAUGAGGCAUCACAGAAAUACAAAGAGGGUAAAUUCAUAUUUGAAAAGUCGAAAAUUGUUAAGGAGAACUGGUAGUACUGUGUGGUAAGCUGAUGGGAUCGUGUCUGAUAAAGCAAUAUAAAUUCACCCCGCAUGUGGGAGUUUAUUCAUUCAAGUGUGCAUUCUGUACAGCAGUUGUCCAAAUUUUAAGAUUUGUUGGAUUAAAGACUUUGGUUCUGUCUUGAUAUCUUACAUUUGCAAGUUUAUUGAACAAGUUGUCUCUUUGUUAACCAUA